CUGUAGAGUGGAGCAGGUGGGCGUUCCUCUGCGCAACACAGCGCUGCUGGAACUGAGCGGAAUCUCUUCUCAGAUACUUUCAGCUUUUGCUCGACGCUUUAGUGAAAUGCUGCAGCUGAAUGACAGCGUAGAUCCUGAGAGCCCGGGUGCGGCUAUCUUACACCCGGGGGACUGUGAUGAUGGACUGGAGGUGGCGGCCCGAGCUGGAGCUUCAGUGGCCUGCUGCACCCCGCUACAGACCCUCACGCCUUUCCAUGUUCACAACCCAACCAUGCGAGCUAAAGUCAAAGACUAUUUCGUCUUUAGGCCAGGAACCAUAGAGCAGGCAGUCAAUGAUAUCCGCACGGUUGCCUUGCCUUCAGAAGACGGAGAGGUUCUUAGUGUGUGGCUGCUAGCAGAAAUUGAUCACUGGAACAAUGAAAAAGAGAGACUGGUACUUAUAACUGAGAGGUCUUUGUUGGUGUGCAAAUAUGACUUCAUAAACCUCCAGUGUCACCAGGUCGUCAGAAUUUCCUUGAACGCUGUGGACACAAUCUCUGUCGGCGAGUUUGAGUUUCCUCCCAAAUCCCUCAACAAGAGAGAGGGAACUGGAAUUCGUGUCCAGUGGGAUAAGCGACCAAGACCUUCGUUCUUAAAUCGCUGGAACCCUUGGUCCACUGACAUACCCUUCGCCACCUUCACUGAACACCCCAUGGCACACGCAGAUGAAAAGGUGGCUUCCCUCUGCCAGCUUGAUAAUUUCAAGACCCAGCUCAUCCAGGCUGUGAAAAAAGCCCAUAAAGAAUUCCCCAUCCCAGGACGAGCCAAUGGCGUACUGAUACUGGAGCGGCCACUCCUUAUCGAGACUUACCUGGGCAUCAUGUCCUUUAUCAACAAUGAAGCCAAACUGGGCUACGCCAUGACAAGGGGAAAAAUCGGCUUUUAACUAUUGAAUUCUCCCUCCAUCUCUGUCAUCCUCCAGUCAAGUGCUGUUUUUGAGUGAUACUGCUACACUUUAGUAUGUGAGUUGAGUACAUACUACUUGUUUUGUUGUUUGUUUGGAUGUAUAUAGCGUGUGAAAUGUGCCAGGCAGUAAGACAUGGUCACUGCAACAGGAUGUGCCUGGAUUAACCCGAUGCCAAUCUACAUGCCCUCUUCCUCUAUUCACAUAUAGUAAAAAAGCCUUUCUAAUUUGGUCGAAUGAUUUGGAGAGGCAGUUUGUGUCUGUUUUAUGGCAUGCUUUGAUGACCAUUGAAUAUUUUUAACAAAUAUUGUGUCAGUCGACUAGUUAGUAGGUUGAUUGAAUGACUUAAGGAAGUCUUUAUCAAUUUAGAUAUGUUUAGGGUUCACCUGACCCCGCUCUGCUGAAUUUCUAAAGAGGGCGUUUAGAUAAGACGCAUUCUUGCAAACAGUGUGCACUGGAAUGGAACAGAACGCUGGGGUUUCGAUGCGUUUUUAAAAAAGUUAAGCUCAAAAAGCCAAUACUAAUAGAAGGAUGCUCAAAAAAAACACACAAGAUGCAAUGCAAUGACCGAAGACAUAUAUCUGCAUGUGUAUGACUAUAGCGCAGAUUGAAUAAUAAAAAAAACUUCCAAAAGCGUUUUACCAAGCGUACAGUCAAACAGUUAAAGCACAGUUUGCUAAUUAAAGCAUUGCCGCCAAAAAUAUAAACAAUAAAUUAUAAAAACUUUCUGACCUCAGGGUUAGGGCUAAGACUUGUUGUGUUUACUUUUAAAUGUAGGAUUUCCAGUUGCGAUGAAAUAGGAGUAGCAACAGAUUUUUCUUCCAAUAUUGUGAUGUACGUUGAGUGUAAUGGAUUAUCAAAAAAGAAAAAAUGUAAGGAGGGACUUGGGUUCUAUGCAUAGGUUGUUGAUUGGAUGUCAAGAUGUGGGUGUGGCAAUUAAAAGUAGAGGCAGAUGAACAUGAGUUUGCAGGAGGCGGGUUUAAGCAGACUAACGCUGCGUCCGAACUCGCAUACUGUAUAGUACAUACUACAUCUGAUUUGAAGGAAACUUACUUAGAAUGCAUUUUUUAAUGGUUACUAUAUAGUAUGAAUGUAUGUAGUAUGAAUGAAAUUUGGAUGUACUACAUCUGCCAUGUUUUCACUGUCAUGUGACCUUCUAGUGUUAGUUGUGUCUCUUCACAGCCAUUUACAAAUCCUCUCCCGUGGCCUCAUGGGAUAGUAAAGGGUCCAUAGAACGCGUACUUCAGAAUCUCGGCAGAAGUAGUAGGUCAUCCGGGGACUUUUCGCCUGCUGUUUUUGAAUACUGUGUACUUGGACAAACUACUCUGUUGGCGUACUGUUUUCCGCGUAUGAUAUAGUAGGGAAUUAUUCGAUUUCAGACGCAGUUUAAAUGAUUGAAAUCGGCAUACGUCAUCAGAUCGAAGUCUGUCGUUUUUAACGGAAGGUCCAGUUAUGGUAUUUUGAUUAAACAUUACGAGGUCAAAAACAAUUUUCAAAAUUGCAAUAUGCACGGAUGGAUUGUUUAUAAUAAGGUUUAUAACAUUAGAAAAUAGGGUGAUUUAUUAUUUUUUUUAUUUUAUUUUUUUUAUGCCAACUUUAAAUACUAGUGGAGUUUGGAGAUUCGUCUAUUUUAAAAUGGUGUACUUCAUUCAUAAAACAAAACAGAAUUUAUGUGAAUUUUUUUUUUUUUUUUUGAACUUUAUUGUAAAUUAACACAUUUAAAGGGGACACAUCAUGAAAAUCAGACUUUUUCCGUGUUUAAGUGUUAUAAUCGGGUCCCUGGUGCAUCUACCAACCCAUAAAAUGUGAAAGAGGACAACCCAGUAACUUUGUUUUGGUAAGCCUGUGACAUAGGAAGGAGAACUUAGUAAUAUUAUACUGCCCCUUAAUCUGUAUGUUUCCACCCACGGUGCCGCCAUUUUGUUUUCGCAAGUGACAAUGGUGUACCAGUUACACUGGUACUGGAGUGCAGCUGUCCUGCACAGUUUAGCUACAACCCUGAUCAAACACACUUGAAUGUCUUCAGAAUUACUAAAACUACGUGAAGGAAGGUGAGUUGAGCAAAACUCUGCAGGACAGCGGCACUCAAGAAAGACCGUCCCUGAGCUCGUGAUAUGUCCCAGCUAUGUAAACAUUAUCACUGAUCUGUUAACGGCUAUAAUAGUAAAUUAUAGUAAAAUUACUAUUAAAUUAAUAGUAAAGUAUGAGUCUCCAUAAGCUACUGGCAUCUGAGCCAUUAAGGAUGCAGUGGUGUAAUUUUAUUUAUAAAGGGAAUGUGGCUAGAUAAAUUCUUUUGUCAGUAUGUGUAAGUCAUUAAAGGGUUAGUUCACCCAAAAAUGAAAAUAAUGUCAUUUAUUACUCACCCUCAUGUCGUUCCACACCCGUAAGACCUUCGUUCAUCUUCGGAACACAAAUUAAGAUAUUUUUGAUUAAAUCCGAUGGCUCAGUGAGGCCUGCAUUCACAGCAAUGACAUUUCCUCUCUCAAGAUCCAUAAAGGUACUAAAAACAUAUUUAAAACAGUUCAUGUGAGUUCAGUAGUUCUACCUUAAUAUUAUAAAGCGAUGAGAAUACUUUUUGUGUGCCCAAAAAUAUCUUUUAAUUUGUGUUCUGAAGAUGAACGAAGGUCUUACGGGUGUGGAACGACACAAGGGUGAGUAAUAAAUGACAUUAUUUUCAUUUUUGGAUGAACUAACCCUUUAACACUUGAAUGCUGCACACGAGGGUCAGUAAAACACAGGAUUUGCACAAAAGUUGAUUCUCAAAGAUGGAUCGAUACCAGCUGUUCGUGAUUCAAUUUCAUAUAUAUUUCUUGAUGUUUGCAAAUUGUCUUUCUGAAUGUGUUUAGUUAACACGUUGCUAAUGUACUGUUAAAUGUGGCUAAAGUUAUCAUUGUUUCUUACUGUAUUCACGGAGACCUGAGCCAUUUCGUUAUUUUCAUUUUUAACCCAAAAAUGCUUGCAAAUUCAUAAAUGAAUCUUCAUUCUUAUUGAGGCUGUCCAACAGUGUGUAGCUUUAGCCACGUUAGCCAUGCAGCACGCUAUCAAAUCCAUUCAGAAUCGAAUGUUAGCAAACAUCCACAAAAUACAUGCCAUACCUACGUUAUCUGAUAUGCUGUGUCACGAACAGUUUGUAAUGAUCCCUUUUGAGUUAUAUUUGCUGUGUGAGCUUCUCUUGUUUAUGCCUCAGUGUAUUGGAACAAUGAGCUUGGGGGCGGGGAGCACAAACUCAUUUGUAUUUAAAGGUACACACACCAAAUCAGUGCAUUUUUCUCCCACCCAAAAAUAGGCAGUUAAAACAUGGUAUAAUAAAAAAAUCCAUGGGGUAUUUUGAGCUGAAACUUCACAGACACAUUCUGGGGACAACUGAGACUUGUAAAAAAAGGGCAUAAUAGGUCACCUUUAAUUCAAAGUAUGCAAUUGAUCGCACAUCGUUUUUAUGAACAAUUUGGAUGGAAAUUCGUUCUGUUUGUUUCAUGAAUGGGGUCCAGUGUGACUAAAAAGGUUUCAAAGCUUGUCAUAGAGAAACUGCAUGCCUUCUGAACAGCACUGCUAUCAAAUUAAAACUAAGGCUUGCAUUCUGUAAAAUGUAUUUUAUUCUGUUCUGCAGUGAUUUGAUAAGGUGUGAAACUCUUUGGACCUUUACUGAAGAUAUUAAUUAAGUACUCACAUUGCUGACAAAGAAAUCUCUAAUAAUUGUGGAAUUUUUUUUUUAGGUCUAGACCCAUUUACCUUUAAAUUCACAUUCAUUACCAUCUACUCUGCUGUCUUUACAAAAUGUAUUUUCACAAAGAAAUGCCUGGGUCAUAUUUCACUCCAAAAUCAAGUUAAAAAAACAAAAUGUUUUGCAUAGUCAAGCUCAAUUCUCACUAAUGCAAUGUGAAAAAUCAAAUCCUCAUUAGUGUAACAAAAAGUUAUGAAAGUAAUUCUGUGGACACAAUAACUUUCUGUUUUCCAAACAGUAUUAUCUCUUCAAAAAAAGCCUGUUUAAGUUACUAUGGAAGCUUGUUUCCGCCACUAAAUAAAAAAAAUAAAAAAGGUAAUUGCGACCUUUUUAUCUCACAAUUCUGACUUUUUUUUUUUCUCAGAAUUGCGAGUUUUUAUGACGCAAUACUGACUUUAUAACUCGUAAUUGACUUUUUUUCUCGCGAUUGCAGGUCUUUAAAUUUUUACCUUGCAAUUCUGAGGUUUAAUUGAAUUUAACUCAUAAUUGUGAGUUAUAAAGUCAGAAUUUUAAGAUAUAAACUCACAAUUGCGAGGAAAAAAAGUCAGAAUUGUGAGAUAAAAUUAUGGAUUUCAUGAUGGAAACAAGCUUCCAUAAGUUUAAAAAAAAAAAAAAAAAAAAAAAAAUCUUGGUUAGUGUGUACUCAAAUGUGUCCACCACAGGAAGCACCUGCCUGACAUUUAUUUUCACACUCUGUUCAAGUCCAGUGGCUGCGCAUUUCAAAGUGAAUUUCUUACUGUGGCUACUGUUAACCUCAUGAAAAGAAGUGUACUACUGUUACAUGUGCAUUGUUCCACUCAUGUUCGUGUGCUUUAUUGAUCAUUCAUGCCUUAUUUCUUCAACCUUAAUGUAGACAAAUUGUUUGUACCCUUCUUAAGUUACAGAAAAUAUGGAUGAUACUGGAUGCUACAACAUUAUUUAAAGCUAAAAUGAAGUUAUGCUUUUAUUUUUAUCAAAGGCAAAUAGAUAUGCUGUUAAUUUCUCAGGUGAUGUUGGUCAGGUUGGCUUUAAAUAAACUGUUUGCUUAAGGAUGCAUGACACGGAGGAACAUUCUGCCAAUGAAGGUUUCCCGCUGUUGAGCGAUUACGGGUUCAGAGUAUUUUUCAUGCUUAUGCACUUUUGUUGGCCAAUUUCUGUUUGCUUUUUUGCUAUGCAUAAAGAAAUAGUGGCUUGUUGAAAUUAAAUCUCUUGUUGGUUUUUUUUAAACAUGCAUCAUAGUGUUUGUUUUUUACAUAUAUAUUUUUUGUUUUAAUGUAAUGUGAAGUUCUGCAUGAAGAUUAUGCCUGCAACUUGAUAGGUGUAAAAUUUGUAGAUCAUUAGCCUCAAUUCACCGAAACUCUGAUUAAACGCAUGUCAUUUAUUUCAAGUGAUGAAUUAUUUGAAUAUCCAUUCAACCAUGUUAUUACAUUACAAUACUGUUUCUAUUACCCAAAUAAAGCCUAGCUCUGAACUCUUCCGCCAGGUUUCUGUUUAAAAAUUGAUUUACCUACUACCUGAUAUGUUUUUUGUAAUGUAUGUAACAUAAACAUGCUUUAAGUAAAAUUACAGUUACUUUAACACA